AUUUCUGAACGCAGCAUUUGAGGUUAGCUGUCAAAGUCAAACGUCACACAGGUAGCCUAGGUUGGUAGGUAAGUAACCGUGUAUCUUCCGGAUCCUUUUAAAAUCAGCGGUUGUGCGACUUUACCCAUAGGCUUCAGUCUAGCGGUGACCAGCCAUGGCCGAGUCCCAGCUAACAUGCAUGGAGGACGGCCACAUCAAAGAGAACGUCCCGGAGUCCAAACCGGAGUUUUACUACAGCGAAGAACAACGCGCGGCGGUUGAACAACUGCUCAAAAACGGUGACGGCGCUUUCAAAAUGCGACUGAAAGAGGACAAAGUGAAAGACUUUCUCUCGGCCCGUGAUAUUAAAACGAUAAGGAACACUUUCAAAGAAUAUGACACUGAAGAUGAAGAGAAGUGCGGAGCAUUAAAGGCGAAACCCGACGGUUCCAAAGCGAACUCGGGGCACCAUUCGACGUACUGGCCGCAGAUGUCGGAUACAGAGGUGCCGCCGUUGGAUCUCGGUUGGCCCAGGGGUUUGUUCAAGGGGGUCACACGCGUGGCGGUUCACACGCACCCGCCAAAAGAGAACGGACCGCACAUCAAGGAGGUCAUUCGUAGGCUGAUCCAAGAAGCUACCAAGGUGUUAGCUAUAGUCAUGGACCUGCUGACAGACAUCCAGAUCCUGCAGGACCUGCUGGACGCAGCGUCGCGGCGCUCCGUGGCCGUCUACAUCCUGUUGGAUGUCAGCGGGGUCCCACACUUCCUGGAUAUGUGCUGCAGGCUGCAGGUCGGAGCUCAGCACCUGCGGAACAUCAGGACUCGUACAGUUCAGGGGACAGGGUUGGGUCUGUCCUUCGGUAGACUCCUUGGCUCUUUGUGUAGUAAAUACAUGCUGGUGGAUGGGGACAAAGUCAUGUUCGGCUCCUACAGCUUCUCAUGGAGUUCGUCUCGGAUGGACCGCAACAUGAUCACGGUCAUGACUGGCCAGGUGAUCGACUUCUUCGACCGCGACUUCUGCGAGCUCUACGCCGUGUCCGAAAAACUGGACCUCUACAAGGAGUUCAACCUCAGCCCACCUCCCAAAAUGGCCGCCGCCGCACGGCUCAAAGUGGAGCCCGUAAAACCCCAGUUACGAGCCGCCACAUCCAGAUUCCAGGUCAGUCUAGGCAACUCGCGUGGAGGUGAUCUCCAGGUGCCUGCACAUAAAUACCACAACCCCAAAUACUCUUUGGUGUACGGGAAUAGUGUUCCUGGACUGAUGGGGUCCUUGCAGGAUCUACCAGGCAUAGAAAAUACAGCUAUAACUGCGGGUCCUGAGGGACUAAUGCAGGUGAACAGCGAGUGGUUGGAUCAACUCACCCCGCUACCACCCGACGGAGGGAAGGUGGGGCCGAAAAAAACCAACAGCAUUUUGGAGAAGAAAUCCCGCUCUUCUUUUAAGAAACUCUUCAAGGGGAAAUCGACAGCCAAUCAGAGCGUGGACACCGGGGGUGAUAGCCCGGCAACCAGUCCAAUCUCCUCCCCCACAUCGUUGGGAACCAAUAGUAUGGAGGAGAUGAAUAACCUUGAAGUCAUGGUGAAACAACCAAUGAAGAGUAAGAAGUUUAAAAUGAGCCUGAAGAGUGCCUCUCAACAGACUGUCAACACACAAGACAAUGACAGCUUGAAGAGCCGCAGACCAUCAACAAAGAACAAAUGUAGUCCAUCCUGAUUCAAAACCUGAGUCACUCCGGAUUCAAACCACCCCACUCAACUGGUUCUCUGUGGGAUUCCAUAAUACCUUUGGGAUCUGGUGCAAUAAUUAAUAUUUAUUUAUUUCUUUUAUUUCAUCUUUAUUUAA